CUCAAGAUGGCGAUUCUACUUGGUUUGCUGUUCGGUACUCUAAGCCUCGCCGCUUGGUGGGUGCUUCAAAACUAUACUUACUGGAAGCGACGGGGUAUUCCCCAUGAUCCGCCCAGUAUUCUAUUCGGCAACACCAGGGAACUUUGGCGGUCGAUGCAGCUGGCCCACAUCAUCAAGCGAACCUAUUUUAAGUACAAGAACAAGAUCGACGGCCCCUUCGUUGGAUUUUACCUCUAUGCGAUGAAAUAUAUAGUGAUAACCGACAUUGAUUUUGUGAAAACCGUGCUGGUUCGCGACUUUGAAAAGUUUCACGAUCGCGGAGUUUAUCACAACGAAAGGGACGACCCACUGACAAAUAAUCUAGCGACUAUCGAAGGUGAAAAGUGGAAAAACUUGCGCCAAAAGCUGACGCCAACGUUUACGCCAGGAAAAAUGAAGAACAUGUUUCCCACGGUCCUAAACGUAGGCGAUGAACUGAUUCGGGUGAUAGAUGAGAAGAUUUCGAGCUCUCCACAGACCCUGGAAGUCACCGAACUUGUGGCCCGUUUCACCGCCGACGUGAUUGGAAUCUGCGCUUUUGGUCUUGAAUGCAAUAGUUUGCGGGACCCCACAGCGGAAUUUGUCCGAAUGGGCUACUCAGCACUUAGAGAACGUCGUCAUGGGUGGCUGGUGGACUUGCUAAUCUUCGGAGCCCCGAAAUUAGCCGUUAAGCUGGGAUUUCAGUUCUUGCUUCCGCCGGUGCAGGAAUUCUACAUGAAAAUUGUAAGGGACUCUAUAGAAUAUAGGAUCAAAAACAAGGUGACUCGGAACGAUUUAAUGGAUUUGUUGAUUGAUUUGAAACUGAAGUACGAUAGUGGCGACAGGCAAAGCGGCCUAACCUUCAAUGAGGUGGCUGCUCAGGUCUUUACAUUUUUCUUGGCUGGUUUUGAGGCGGGCUCCACAACCAUGGGCUUUGCUCUUUACGAGUUGGCCUGCAAUCAGGAUGUACAGGAAAAAGUGAGGACUGAAGUCGACACUGUGCUGGGAAAACACAAUGGAAAACUGGACUACGACAGCAUGCAGGAGAUGAAUUAUCUGGAAAAGGUUAUCGAUGAAACCCUUAGAAAACAUCCUGUGGUGGCCCAUUUGGCUCGCAUUGCGACUAAACCCUUUGCGCACAGCAGUCCGAAGUAUUUCAUUGAAGCCGGCACUGGAGUUCUGGUGCCGACCCUAGCCAUCCACCACGAUCCCGAGUUUUAUCCGGAGCCGGAAAAGUUCAUCCCAGAGCGCUUCGACAAGGAGCAGAUUGAAAAGCGACCGGCCUGCGCUUUCCUGCCCUUCGGAGCUGGUCCCCGAAAUUGUAUUGGUCUUCGACUCGGACGAAUGCAGGUCAUGAUUGGAAUGGCCCUGCUCAUCCGCAACUUUAGAUUCGACUUGCAUCCCACUAAGACUACAUUUCCGGUCAAAUACCAAAUCAAGAACCUCCUUUUAAGCUCCGAGGGCGGAAUUAAUCUUAAUGUCAGCAAGGUAGUGAGAGACUAA